AUGCAUAUGAAUCUGACCUCAUCCAUCUCGGAGAAGCCUAUGAGCACUCGGAGAAAAAUGAUAAGAGCGGAAGACACUGUGAGGCUUGAGAGGUCGAGGUUGUUGUUACAUCGUCGUGAAAAGACGCAUUGUGAUGAGCAGCGGUGUUACGGCGCCGUUACUUCUUCAACGAUGCGCAGAGCGAGCUCCGUGCCCGUGAACCGUCCUUGGCGAAUUGUGACUGCGCAUCGUUCUGGGUCGAGAGACCGGGAAUUGACGAUACGUGAGCAGACCACGAGGUUGGCAGAGGAGGCGAAAAAAACACUCUUCCAUGGAAGUUUUACCUCAAGUCAUGGUGCAAUGUUCAGCGUGCUGCCGCUGCACCGCCAUGAGGGCAGGGUAAAGUCCAUCACAAGAAGGCACCCCAGUGACACACAUACGGCAGAAAUGGAAGUGUUGUCGCCAAAAAAAGAGAAGGGAAUUUAUACUACCGCUGUGGAUGUCGCCGCGCCAAGUGUUCUCAAGAAAGAAAAGGGAUCACCAUUUCUUCGCGAGCAUCAGAGCUCUCCAGAGCCUUCCUCAUUUAAUACCGAGUAUAUUACUACGGCGAAUCAACGUCCAAGAAGUGCGGACGCAUCUUUAAUCAAAGAUGGUGGCCUUGGUUCAUGUGUUAAGGAGCAUGACAUCCUGCGGGCAGAUUCGAUUCGCAUGGCAAUAAAACGCCCCGAAAAAAUUGGUACCGCGUCGCGCGAGUUUUUUUCCUCUCCGAGCAUUGAGAAAACUCAAGCUGAACCUGCGGCCCGUCCGGAUGAGAAACGCAUGCACAUGAUAAAUGCCGAGGAAGCUUCCUUACGGAAAGAAGAAACCAAUGUUUCUCUGGGUUCAUUGCCAUAUGUUUAUGCAGAUAUCAAGACAGAUGAUGGAAUUCCUGGCAAGACGAGUGCCCAUCGCAUUUCUUUUGCUGAACACGUUGUUAUUAAUGACCCUGAUACUUACACCGAAGAGGAAGAAGAGGAAGAAGUAGAGAUCAGCUACGGCGAUGCAUUAAUAAAUCUUUUGACCUUUUCUGUACCAGCUGCCUUAACGAUUGGUUUUACAUUUGCGGUUACUGUUGUUCCAUUGGCGUUUAUCGGAAGUUAUUUGGGUGAGUUGUACCUUUCUGGUGCCUCUGUUGGAUGCUUCAUUUUGAGUAUUUUUGUCUUAUAUCCAAUGAUUGGAAUGACAUUUGCGAUGGAUACCUUAUGCUCACAUGAAUAUGGGAGAGAUCAGAAUAGUCAGGAACUUGGACUUCUUUUGCAACGAGGCAUACUUAUCAAUCUCCUGUUCCUUACCCCAGCAUGUGUUGCUUUGUAUAAUGUGGAUUCUUUUCUUGAACGUUUCUACGGUGUAGAAAUAGCAAGUGUGGCAAGAGAUUUCUUGCAUUACAUGCCUUUGUUUAUGCUACCCGAGAUGAUAUUCAUUGCGUUUAACAAAUUUUUAUGCAAUCAAAUGCGACCCCAGAUUCCAAUGUUUGCAUUGGCUGCAGGAUUUAUUAUAACUCCAUUUGUGCAAAUGAAAUUGACACCGAUGGGGGUCCGAUACUCGAUGCUUGGUAUGUGUAUUACGGCGUGGUUUCAACUAGUAGUCGUCAUUCUUAUGACAAUAUACGUUCCGCAGACGAGACACACACUUGGAAAACUACGUAUUAUGGAGGCUUUGCAACCAUCGGAUGUAAAAGGAUAUUUAAAACUUGCUAUUCCAAGUGCGGUCUUUGUUGCCGCAGAAGCCUCCUCGUUUGAUUUAACUGUUUUGUUGUGUGUCCAUUUUGGAGAACAGGCAGGAGCGGCGUGGUCAGGUAUCAUGAAUGCUCUUUAUAUCUUUGCCGCCUUCUCUGGCGGUUUGAGUGCGGGCGCUUGUGCCAAUAUUGGCCGUUGUGUCGGCUGCAAUGAGCCAACGAAUGCUCGGACGUACGUUGUGGCCUCUAUCACUCUGGUAUUAUUGGUUAGCAGUAUUGAUUCAGCAUUAUUAUAUAGCUUUUUUGAUUUUUUCAUGUCGCUUUUUGGCACCAAGGGCCAAACGCUUCAGCUGGCACGUGAGACUCUCAUUCUAUUGCCAAUCUUUCACAUGGCGGAUGCGGUGCAAUUCACAUUUCAAGGCAUUUUUAGUGGUUUGGGCAAAAAUCAUUGGGGUGCUCUUAUCCUGCUAUCCUCGCUAUGGGGCGUGGGUAUUCCUUUGGCGUUUUUCCUUGGCCUGUACCUUCAGUACGGUAUCUUUGGUGUCUGCCUUGGCAUGACCAUUGGCUUAUGCAUUGAAGCCCCCGCGAUGGUGGCAAGUGGUUGUAUGAUGGAUUACCAGUCUGUAUGUGAUACCUUUACUUUUGAAAGGAUUAGUAUUAGCGGAGAAGAAGAAGAAGAGGAAGCGGAAGAGAAAUGUUUAACGGGUGAGGAUGUACUCCGUCGGUCGGGGAUUCCUGUGAGUCUGUCGGACUUUGGCCCGCGACUAGUAACAGACAUUGGGCGAAUUAGAGUUCCACAGCACCAUUAA